AUGCCAGAAGACAACAGCAAGGACGGCGAGUCUACAGACUGGAUGGACCUACCAUGGCUUGACCCUGCCUCAUUAACGCAGCAGAACGUCCUUCCGCCUUCAACAUUCGCACACGAGUUCCCGGCGGCCAUCGCCCAUAUGAAGGUCCAGUUCCGCUAUGUCGCUCCUGGGCUCCGGUUCCCUACAGUAUCCGAGAUCCUCGACCAGCCCAUCACGGACUUCGAGACGCCCCCCGUCAUCUGCGAUCAGCCAGUACCCGAUACGCAUAUCCCGCAUUGGACUGACCAGGACUUCCCUGCCGGCUUCUACACCCACCCAGUUGUCCAGGAACCACCGCUAUGCUACAGCAACGGAUCCCACCUCGCACUGCCCUUCGGGGUUGGAAAACAAAGGCACGCGCGGAAAUCAAACAGGGAACCUUUUGGAAGGGACGAUAGGGACUUUCAGCCCGGGCCGCGUAAUGAGCACGCGGGGCUCUAUCAGCCCGGGCUUCCUGAUGGAUUUGGCGAGCACCAUGAUGUGCAGAUCGACAAGGUGUUAAGGAAAUGGGCGGAGCGGGUGGAGAGCAGGGAUUGGGAUGUUGAUCAGGAUGGAGUUGUGGGUGGCAUUGACCAGUUCAGGGAGGCCGAUACAGAGGAGCAUUGGGACAAGUACUGGAUUCCGCCAUUGUAA